AAGUAUACAUUUUUUAGAGAAUCGUCUUGACCAGAUCCCUGAUCAUUCGUAUUCAUACCCCUGACAUCCAAGCCUGCCGCGCAAUUGUCGUUCUCACGGGAAAUAUCUCAACCGCGGGUAUAUCCAAGAUUUCACUUCCUCUUGAUACCCUUUUUAUUCUUCAUAGUCCAGCGAUUACAUAGACAUCCAAGCAAGGCAAAAUGGCAACAAACAUAACCUACCACGCCAGCGCCCUAACCCACACAGAACGCACAACCCUCUUAAACCAACAAGGCCUAACAGUCUGGCUAACCGGCCUCUCCGCCUCCGGAAAAUCCACCAUAGCCGUCGAACUAGAACACCAACUCCUCCGCGACCGCUCCGUCUACGCUUACAGGCUCGACGGUGACAAUGUUCGCUUCGGACUAAACAAAGACCUCGGCUUCAGCGAGAAGGACCGCAACGAGAACAUCCGACGGAUCUCGGAGGUCGCGAAGUUAUUCGCCGACAGCGGCUGCGUGGCCAUCACGUCGUUUAUCUCGCCGUAUCGCGCGGAUAGAGAUACGGCGAGGGCGCUGCAUGAGGUUCCUACUCAUGGUGAGAAAGAGGGAUUGCCGUUUGUGGAGGUUUUUGUGGAUGUGCCCGUUGAGGUUGCUGAACAGCGGGAUCCGAAGGGGUUGUAUAAGAAGGCUAGGGAGGGCGUUAUUAAGGAAUUUACGGGGAUUAGUGCGCCGUAUGAGGAGCCUGUGAAGCCGGAGGUGCAUAUUCGGAGUCAUGAGGUUUCGGUGCAGGAGGCCGUGAAGAUGAUUAUUGAUUAUUUGGACCAGAAGGGAUAUUUGCCUAAGAAGGAGUAA